CCGAAAAAAAACGAGGUCUCUGCAUUCUAUCCCGAGUCCACGAUUGUCAGUUAUAGCUUGGACCCUGGUUUGGUUUGACGGGAUUACAAAAUCAAACAACUUGUUCAUUGCGCAGAGCAAGUUUUACCCAAGUCCGAAGAAAAAAAUAAAUUUUAUAAGAAUCUUAUAACCGAAUUCAGUAGCUGGCUGGGAAUCUGGGGAACAUAACAAAAGAUACUUCAUCUUGUUUGUUGGAACUAAAACCAAAACAAUAACACCUCUCUUCGGAUCGCGGGACGACAAACAAAAGACGAGUGCGAGAAGUGAUCGUUUCGUUGUUGUUUUGACGAACGAACGACAAACGGACAAAGAGUCUUGAUCUUGGAAGACUCUUGGUUCUCCGCACUUUGUGGUGACCAUGUAAUCACUGUGUUUACUGUUUACAUUUCGUUUUGAUCAAACCUGAUUUCAAUUUUAUGUUAAGUGCAAUAGUGUUGUAUCUUGUAUCUGAAAGAUCAUAGUGCGUUUUGUAUAGUUCGAAUGCAACUCUAAGAAGAAAAAAACGAAAAAAACAAAAUUUUCUUUGUUUUGAAAUUUUUUGUUUUACAUAUUUUUUUUUUGAGAACAGGAAACUCAAAUCUAAGUCAAGGUAGGCUGUGUUUACGCCUCAGUGAGUAUAAGUGAGGGUGAUGAGAUUAAGUUUUUCUUAAAAGUAGAAAAAAAAGUAUCUAUUUCAUACAAAAAAAAAAAUAAUGUCAAAGAAAGAGGAACUACCUCCAACAUAUGAAUGUGCAACUGCAUCAACAACAAAUAAUAGAAAGCCAUCAGAUUCAGCCACAACAAUCGAAUGCGGAGCUGUGAUCAUGGAUGAUGUCCAGAAAGAACCUCAAAAGUUCAUGGAACCUGUUUACAAGUUCGUCGGGAUAAAGAAACAACCAUCGACUAAAGAACUAGGAACAUUGAUAUUACUGGGUACCAUGCUCCUACUCUUUAUGAUAAGUGUAACAGGAUUCUUUGUUAUGUGGUUCACACAAUAUUAUGAUAAUUCAUACGUAUCAAAAUUAAUUUUAGCCAAUAACUCAGCUGCUGCCAAAUACUGGGUCGAUCCCCCAGUCGAUACCUAUCUCAAAGUUCACAUUUUCAAUUAUACCAACAUCGAUCGGUAUUUAUCGGGAGAAGAUGCAAAAAUCAAAGUUGAAGAUUUAGGACCUUACACUUAUCAAGAACAUUCCACCAAAACGAAUGUUAAAUUUAAUGCAAAUAACACAGUUACUUAUAAUGAUCAUCAUUCAUAUAUAUUCCUUCCGGAUAAAUCUGUCGGUGAUAGAUUCCAAAAUGUUAUUGUUCCAAAUAUACCACUUUUGUCAGCCUCUGUUUCGGUAGACAAGAUGUCAUUUUUCCAAAAAUUUACAGCAUCACAUGCAAUCAACGCUCUCAAUUUAGAUGCUUUUCUUGAAGUUCCAAUUGAUGAUUUCAUUUGGGGAUAUUCAGAUAAAUUGAUAAAUGUCCUGCGGAACUUUAUGCCUGAACUUAGACCAAAAUUUGGAAUGUUAAUGAAUCGUAAUGGUACUAGUCCUGAUACCCUCCAAAUCCAUACAGGAGUUGAUGAUGUCCAAAAACUCGGUGUAAUCAGUCAAUUCAAUGGUAUGGAUCAACUCAACUUUUGGCGUGAUGAUGAAUGUAACAGAAUCGAUGGCUCUGAUGGAUCUCAAUUUCCACCGUAUCUGAUGGAAGAACGAAAGCCAUUGCAUGUCUUCACUCAAGCCUUGUGCCGAAAACUUCCUCUACAUUUCGAAGAGGAAGUUACUAUUUUAAAAGAAAUCGAUGUUUGGAGAUAUCGCACUCCAAUGAAUGUCUUCGCAAAUCCAGAUGAUAAUCCCGAAAACGCUUGUUACUGUGACGCAAGUUCGGUCAAAUGUUUGCCAAGUGGAAUUUUCAAUGGAACUCAGUGCUACCAGGCACCAAUCUACCCGUCAUUUCCUCAUUUCUUCUCGGGUGACCCAGUUUUGUUUGAGGAAUUUGAAGGUAUCGAACCAAAUGCUGAAAAACAUCGCACAUUUGCUGAUAUUCAUCCGAGGUUAGCUUUCCCCGUUGAUGGAGCUUCAAGGAUUCAAAUUAAUAUUGCUGUCCAUAAAGGACAGAUUCUUGAAAGGAAACUUAAACAAAUGCCCGAUGGUCUUAUGCUUCCAGUUCUAUGGAUCGAAAUAACUUCGGGAGAAUUAAGCGAAGAAUUAAGGACAUUGCUCUACCACAGCACAUUCAGUGCAAAUGUCAUUCAGAUUAUUUUGAAAUAUGGAACCUUGUUAACAUGUGUUACAUCGUUUGCUUUAAUUGUCCUUGGAUUUUAUUACCUUGGACAGAUGAGACAGGAGAAACUACAAGCUGACUCUAAAGAUAAGUCCGAAUUGGAAGAAUUGAAUAAAGACUAACAAAUUUGUUCUGAAACGUGCCUGAAUAAUCACAAAAACCAUAGAAAACAUGGAAGUUUUUUAAAUUGUUUUAAACUUAACACAAUUUUUAUUAAUUUUUAUUUGAGGGAAUAUUUGCAAUAGAAGAAAUGUUUUUAGAUAGAAUUUAAGGUUAGAAAUCGAUAUUUUCUAAGAUCUUUAUAAAAAAGCCAAUUUUUGUUCUCGAUAAAACGUCCAUUGAAAUAGGAUUUUUUAUUUAAAUAACAAAAACUUAUGCCAACA